GGGAGUCCAGUCCGUCUCUCUGGUUACUGGAGGUCACAUUCCCUAGUCGCUCUCUUUCUCCCGCUCGGGAGGAGCCUUCGGCGAGCACGGCUGCAUUUGGCUGUGCCACCGUUUCUGUUCUGGGUUUCAAUAAAGUUUUCCUCUUCCUCCAAGAUGGCGGCCUCCUGGUCGCCCUUGGUUACCCUGCGCUCCUUAACGCAAUGCCGGCUGAGAGGGAAAUGUGUUGGGUUCGGGGCCUGGGUCGCUGCCCUUGCUCCUCCCGCCACCGCCCCUGGGAAGCCCCUUUGGAAAGCCUAUUCGGUUCAGACGCCCGAGAGUGUGACCCCGGCUGCUGCUUCCGAGGCUUACUCAAAAGCAUUGGCUGUUUGCCACGGACCCCUGGACCACUAUGACUUUCUGAUCAAAGCUCAUGAACUGAAGGAUGAUGCACAUCAAAGAAGAGUCAUACAGAGUCUGCAGAAAUUGCACGAGGACCUCAAAGGGUACAGCAUAGAGGCAGAAGGCCUUCUUUCAAAGCUUUUUUCGAGGAGCAAACCUCCAAGGGGCCUGUAUGUUUAUGGAGAUGUUGGUACAGGAAAAACAAUGGUGAUGGACAUGUUCUAUGCUUAUGUGGAAAUGAAGAGGAAAAAACGGGUCCAUUUUCAUGGUUUCAUGCUGGAUGUGCACAAAAGAAUUCAUCGCCUUAAACAGAGCUUGCCAAAAAGGAAACCAGGAUUCAUGGCUAAAUCAUAUGACCCAAUUGCUCCCAUAGCUGAGGAAAUCAGCCAAGAGGCGUGUCUCCUGUGUUUCGAUGAAUUUCAGGUCACUGACAUUGCUGAUGCCAUGAUUCUGAAACAGCUUUUUGAAAAUCUGUUCAAAAACGGGGUCGUCGUUGUGGCAACAUCCAACAGACCACCGGAAGAUCUCUAUAAAAAUGGACUCCAAAGAGCUAACUUCGUACCAUUUAUAGCUGUCCUGAAGGAAUACUGUAACACGGUGCAGCUAGAUUCUGGAGUAGAUUACCGAAAAAGGGACCUCCCUGCUGCAGGAAAACUCUACUACCUCACAAGUGAAGCUGAUGUGGAGGCUGUCGUGGAUAAGUUGUUUGAUGAGCUGGCUCAGAAACAAAAUGAUUUAACUAGACCAAGGAUUCUAAAAGUGCAAGGCAGAGAGCUGUGGCUGAAUAAAGCCUGUGGAACCAUUGCCGACUGCACAUUUGAAGAGCUGUGUGAGAGACCCCUGGGAGCCAGCGACUACCUGGAACUAGCAAAGAAUUUUGAUACGAUAUUUUUACGAAACAUUCCACAAUUCACACUGGCCAAAAGGUCUCAAGCACGAAGAUUUAUAACUCUCAUCGAUAACUUUUAUGAUUUCAAGGUGCGCAUAAUUUGCUCGGCGUCAGCUCCCAUAGAAAGCUUAUUUUUGCAUCAACAUCACGACAGUGAGCUGGAGCAAAGCAGAAUACUGAUGGACGAUUUGGGGCUGAGCCAGGACUCGGCAGAAGGGCUCUCCAUGUUCACGGGAGAAGAGGAAGUCUUUGCGUUCCAGCGCACCAUUUCCCGACUCACGGAAAUGCAGACUGAGCAGUACUGGAAUGAAGGGGACAGAAGCAAGAAGUAGCUGGCACCCGGGCGCGAGCACAGCUCUGGACAGCUGGCCAACGCACAGAGAACUUGUCAUCGUGACCCCCAAAGGAAUCACCUUCUCAUUAACUACGCACUUUGCUCCUGGAACAUGCUAAUCCUGAAUUGCUGCUGAAGAUGUGGUGGGUCAGUAAGUUACAGAUGUACCAUUUUUCUAGGUCUGCUUUUCACCUAUUUAUUUGGCCUCAUUUCUGCACAACAAAUUGAAAAUCAUCAGGGCUGGCAUUGUGGCGUAGCGGACAAAGCCACUGCCUGCAGCACCGGCAUCCCAUAUGGGCGCCAGUUGAAGUCCCGGCUGCUCCACUUCUGAUCCAGUUCCCUGCUAAUGGCCUGGGAAGGCGGCAGAGGAUGGCCCAAGUGCUUGGGCCUCUGCCGCCCGUGUGGGAGACCCGGAAGAAGCUUUUGGCUUCGACCCAGCCCAGCCCUGUCCUGUAAGGCCAUGUGGGGAGCAAACCAGUGAAUGGAAGAUCUCUCUUUCUGUAACUCAGUCCUUCAAAUAAAUAAAUUAACUUUU